UUCUUCUUCGUCGUCGCCGGUUUAGGGUUUUCGUUGCUCUAGCAGUCUUCUCUCGCCUUUACCUCCCUUUCCAGUUUCUCUUAUAUUUCUCUUGCCUUACGAUCAAUCUAAAGAGUUCAUAAGAGUUGACAUUUGUGACAUUUCUUCUCUGAUUACUUUUUGUUUCUCCAAGAUGAAGACAAAUGUAUUUACCAGGUGCUACAGCCGGUUUUUUUCGAUGCUGUUGGUGAGCUCCCAUCCUUAGGACUGCUAGAGAGUUCGGUGUUUUAGUUGACUUUAUAUUCAAGGUUAUAGGUUUAGCGUUGUUAGUAGAUAAAAAUGGAAGCCAAAAUCGUCAAGGUAUCGGAUAGUAGUUAUAAAGAUGUACUUGGGAAGAAGAGAAAGCAUCCCGGGAACUAUAUUCCAUAUGAUUCUGGAAGGUCAUAUGCAAAGCUUCAAUGUGUGCUCUCACCGAACAGUUCCACCCAAAAGCUUGAGAAAAAGAGAAAUUUGGAUGGUGAAAACAAAGCUAAUGUUUCUGAGAAUCGUGUUGGGAAGUCUCUGGUCAGAUACUUUUCCUAUUAUAAGAAGACAGGAGUGCCAAAGCGUGUAAUGUUCCAUGAGAAUGGUGAAUGGAUUGAUUUGCCUGAGCAUAUUCUUUGCGACAUCAGGAAUGAUCUUGAAGCAAAGAGAGCUGCAAUUGAGUUCAAUUGGUGCGGUCGCCCUUUUCUCCUGGAUUUCUUGCACAUGUAUCGACUAGACUUGGAAACAGGUGUAAAAACCCAGCUUGCUUGGAUUGAUAUUGCUGGCAAAUGCUUUUUCCCCGAAACUUUUGACAGCCUCGAAAGGGACUGCUGCCAUCAUAUCUGUGGGGAAGAUCCAGAACAACAUGAUCAACAUGAGAUCAAGCUGCACAUUGAAAUUGAUGUAAAUGGCGGGGAGUUACCAAGGCUGAAUUUGAAUGUGGUCAGUGACGAGUCUGGUGACAAUAUGGAUGAUAUUCAAGCUGUUCAGAGAUCCUCAAAUGGGCAAAAUGACGAGGCAUCAGAGGAUAGCUGCAGCCGUGAGCUUGAUGAUGCUGUUAAGAAAUGGGACAAAACAGAAAUUGAUCAGUUCUCUGGUGUCAAGCCUGCUGAGGAGGAGCUUGAUAAAAAUGCUGUCAAACAAAUGUUUGCUUUGGCAUUCGUUAAAAAGUCUAUGUAUGGUGUUGGGGUUCACUUAAAUGCUGCAAACUGCUCUUACUUCAGUGCUAGAUACUGUGAUAUUGACGAUAAUGUUAGCUUCAAGCUGUCUAUCCCCAAUGCUGAAGUGAAUACUCUUCCUACUACUCAGAGUAAGCACGAGACUUUGGAGCUCACUUUGGAAGGACCCAAAGGUUCUCCCGCAAAUGAUCCAGGAAGAGUAUCAAAUGGAGGUUCAGGGAGCCAAAAGACUAGUGGCAGUUCCAGCAGUAGACGGCCCAGAUCUCCUAUGAUGCCUUUCCCUUUGCUGUUCAAAGCAAUCUCAACCAAAAUUGCCCGGAAAGACAUGGAUUUGAUUUCUGCUGGUUACCAGGAACUCAGGGAGAAGAAGGUGUCGAGAAAGGAAUUUUACAAGACGCUGAGGGUGAUUGUAGGAGAUGAUGAUCUGCUGAAAUCCACCAUAACAAGCCUUCAAAGGAGUUUGGGUUAGAGUAAUGUGUCGACUUCUCUUUGCUGUCGUGAAACCUUAAUAAUUUAGAUUACGACAA